CCGCGGUUGCCCCGGUGGCUGUUUGUCUCGGUUCCGGCUUCUGCGCUUUGGCUGCCUCGGGGAGCUACGAUGGUGUCUCUCGCCGGCUGGGGGAGCCCGGGGAUGGCACGGCUCGCGCUUUGCCUGGCGGGGCUCGCGCUCUCAGCUUACGCACUGCACGUGAAGGCGGAGCGCGCCCGGAGUCGGGAGUACCGCGCCUAUUGCGACCUGGGCGAAUCCAUCAGCUGCUCCCGCGUGUUUUCUUCCCCAUGGAGUAAGGGCUUUGGGCUGGUGGAACCCUUCCUGGGUCCUGAAAGCAUCCUGAACCAGUCCAACAGUAUCUUCGGCCUUAUCUUCUAUAGCCAGCAGCUCCUUCUGGGCUGCUACAGUGCUCCAUGGGCUUCUUCUGUCUUGAUGUUGAGCUCCGUGCUUUCUCUUUUGGGUUCACUUUACUUAGCCUGGAUCUUGCUUUUUGUGUUGUAUGACUUCUGCCUGGUUUGUGUCACCACCUAUGCCAUCAAUUUGGGUCUAACAAUACUCAACUACCGGAGGGCAAAGGGGCCCUUGAGACUACAGGACCGAAAUAAAAAGCAUCACUGACUUCGAUGACCCUACUAAGGACUGCCAAACUGCUAAGUGAACUCUGGGAGCACACCUCAUCAGUUCUUGGAGUUUGGGUGAAGACUGAAGGAUGAUGGCAAGGAUCCAUGCUCACAGUCUGUGUUUUUCUGUCCUUGACUUCUUAAAUCUCUUCCAUAUCCCUUCUUGCCUCUUAUGUACAGACUGUUCCUGUAUCCUCCUCUCCCAUGGAAUCCUCCAGGAAAUCUAAGCAGGUCCCUACUUCCAGGACCAGUUGUCUCUGGAGUCACCUGCUGAUUCCACCCUUUUCCCCUACACUACCAGUUUUAGGAAAAGUUGGGAUAAAAAUUGCUCAUCUAUUAUGGGUGGGAGCAUAAUCAAUGCUAUUCAAUAAAAAAAAUGAGAAAGACA